UUAAAUAAAAAGUGAAAUAUAUUAUAAAAUUUUGAGUUUGGUGAUCUCAUAAGCCAUAAGAAAGCAAACCUAACUUUCCCAUGCUACUCCGUUUCCAUUUCCUCGCCGCCGCAUAUGACGUCUUCACAUCAACCCAUUCCGAAGGACGAUAAAGUCUGCGGCUUGCCGGAUUCAACUCCGCCCGAUAGAAUCAGCGGCUUGCCGGAUUCAAUUCUCUGUCAUGUACUCUCUUUUCUGUCAACCAAACAAGCUGCAACCACAAGUGUGCUCUCAAAGAGAUGGAAACCUCUAUGGCUCUCAAUCUUCACCCUCGAUUUCGACGACACAGCCUUCAAAUUUUCACCCUCGAGAGUUCUCUCUGCUAUGCACUCGGCAUUGCACCAGCGAGACAUCGCACUACCAAUCCAUUCGUUUCGCUUCAUAUAUCAUCAAUAUUCUUUUUGCUACCAAAAUGAUAUCAAUCUAUUUAUUGAGUUCGUCCGAGAUAGAGGAGUACAAAAUUUCACUCUCAACCUAAUCGUUCCAGUUUGCGGUCCACCAUCAAUUGAAUUACCUCGUAGCAUUCUCAAUUGCGAGACACUAGAAGUUCUUAAGCUGAAGGGCAUUAAGAUUGGAGAUAUUUCUCAUAUGCAGGAUUUACCUCUACCCAAGCUUAAAACUCUCCAUUUGAAAGACGUACUUUUUGAAUGUAAUCAACAACUCUACAAUCUUUUAUUACGAUGCCCGCUUCUACACGAUUUUGAAUCAAAACACAGUAUCAAUAUCGAAGACAAUAAAAACCUUCAUCUCCUAGAAACUUACGAGGCCUUACCGAAUUUGAUCAAAGCUAAGUUAAAUGAUGAUCUUAUAAGAUGUCCGUUGAGUAUGCUUCGUAACACAAUCAUUUUGUGUGUAGAUAUGAGUAAGCGCUUAUGUUUCUUCGGCAAUCUUGUCUUGUUACGUUCUAUUCCCACGUUUCAAAGAUUGACUCGCUUGGAGCUUAACUUUAAAGAUAUCGAUUGGUUCGACAGAUGCAUCUGGUUGUUAGCAAUACUCAAACAUUCUCCCAAACUACAAAAUCUUAUCAUUAAGGAUACUGGAGUUCUAGAAGAGAGGAAUGGCAUAUGCUGGAAGGAUCCACAAAUUGCUCCAGAAUGUCUUUCAUCAGAACUUAAAACUUUUUGCUUUAGUGGUUACAGAGGCACCGGCUGGGAUUUCAAAUUUGCAAAAUAUAUAAUAGAGAAUUCAAAAGUACUCAACACUUUGACAAUUCACAGUAAAUGUUCCAUAGGAUUGUUUAAUUGGGAAUUGUCGCCUUUGCUUUUGUGCUUCUAUAAUUGCUUUUGCGGCAUAUUUCGUGUGUCUUGUGGCAUGGUGAUUGUCCAUGCCAAGGAGGGGGAGCUUCCUACCAUGGUUUUAAAUCGCGGAUUUGGUUGUGAUUGCGGUCACUGUUGCAGUUAUUGCGGUUGUUUCGAUGCGGAUCGCGGUCAUUGUAACCCUGAUACAGAUGCAGACACUAUCGCAACCAUAAUAUUGCAGCUGCAUCACGUGAUGCGGUCUGCAAUUUAA